AUGACAUUGGAACCUGAAGAGCAGGAAGAAGAAGAGCCUGAGGUGAAGCCCAAAAAGCCGAAGACUCCCAAGUCUAAGGCAGCAGCGAAGAAGUCAGCUGCUCGCAAGGGUCCGUUGUCAGAAGGUGGCAGGUCUGUGUCCAAGGAGUACUACAACCAUGCUUCCUAUGACCAGAUGCCAGACAGAAGCAAAGACUCCCCGAUGUCGAAAAUCCCUGAGGAGGAGGACGACCAGAGCUCCAACAACCAGAGUGAAGCGUCAGAAGAUGAAGAAGGUGAGGAAGAGGAGAGCGAAGACCAGCUGACGGAUGAGUCAUGGCGACUCGAGAAAGGGAAGAAAAAGGUCUUCAUUGUCCAUGAUGACAGCGGCCUGGAACUUGAACUUGGAGCCCCCACUCAGAAGGGCAGCAAGUGGAAGAUUUUCACAGAAAAUGGAGUGGACUACCUCAAGGAAGAGGGCGGGGACAAUGAUGAUGACAUAGACUACAUGUCGUGCCGCGAAUGGUUCAAUGAAUGCUCCGCAGCUGAGAAUGCGUCAAAGGACGAGGAUGAGCAGAAGAAGAAACAGAAAAGGGACAAGAGGCAAGAGCACAAGGAUGAGCCAAAAGGAAAGACAGGGAAAGAGGAAGAAAGAAAGUAUGUUGAACCGAUCAAAGAUGAUGAUUUUGGCUGUGAAUCAAGCGAAGAGACAGAGGAAAAGGACAUGAAUGAGGCACCUGUCGAUGAUCGCGCUGAGCCUAUCAUAUCCACAGAAAAGUCUGGCAAGGUGUACCUCAUAUGCCCUGAACAGUCCAAGGAACUGAAGCUGCCAAUUGACAAGUGCUCUGAUUGGUGCUUGCGUUCCACGGUCGUGGACGGGCAACGGCAAUGGAAGCUUUCCACCAAAAGCGGAGCAGAGCCCGACAGAGAUGUGGGCGCUCUUUUGCUGAGCAAGAAGGCCAAGGACAUCACUGAUCCUGAGAGACUGCGGCUU